UUAUUCUCGUGCGAGAGGCGCGGACGCAGGAACCCGCGGGUCUCAGCGUCUGUGCUCGUGUCCUUCCUCGCGUGCCGCAGCAUGCAGCUCUCCCGUGCGCUGGCUGCGCUGUGCGGCGUGUUGCUUUGCGCCUCCGGUCUCUUUGCCGCGUCCGGUGACUUCUGUGACUCCAGCCUGUGCCUGAAUGGUGGGACCUGCCUGAUGGGCCAAGACAGUGACAUCUGCCUCUGUCCCGAGGGCUUCACGGGCCUUGUGUGCAACGAGACUGAGAAAGGACCCUGCUUCCCAAACCCUUGCUACAAUGACGCUAAAUGCCAAGUGACUGAGGACACACAUCGAGGAGACAUCUUCACUCAGUACAUCUGCCAGUGCCCCCUGGGCUACUCGGGCACCCACUGUGAGAUCAGCACCUUCUCUCCCGAAGCCACACCUCCUGGGCAAGCCAUAGCCGAGGUGCUGAAGAAGAAGUUACUACCAGUGAGUCAGACCAUCUACUACGACCUGGAAGGAGACUACCUGUCCACCACAGCUGUCCCCACCCCGGUCCCCAACCCUGGUCUUUCCAACAGUCUAGCCUCCAGCUGUACCACAAAGCUGGGCAUGGAAGGGGGCGCCAUUGCUAACUCACAGAUCUCCGCCUCGUCUGUGUACGUGAGUUUCCUGGGCGUUCAGCGCUGGGGCCCGGAACUGGCUCGUCUGCACCGCUCAGGGCUGGUCAAUGCAUGGACAGCCAGCGAUUACGACAGCAAGCCCUGGAUCCAGGUGAACCUCCUGCGGAAGAUGCUGGUGUCCGGGGUGAUUACGCAGGGUGCCAGCCGCGCAGGGAAGGCAGAAUACCUAAAGACCUUCAAGGUGGCUUAUAGCCUCGACGGACGCAAGUUCGAGUUUAUCCAGAAUGCGAGCGGAUCUGGAGAGAAGGAGUUUUUGGGGAACGUUGACAACAGCGGCCUGAAGGUUAACAUGUUCAGUCCCCCUCUGGAGGUACAGUACAUCAGGCUGUACCCUGUCACGUGCUACCGGGCCUGCACCCUUCGCUUCGAGCUCCUGGGCUGUGAGUUGAAUGGAUGUUCUGAGCCCCUGGGCCUGAAGAAUAACUCGAUUCCCGACAACCAGAUGACAGCUUCCAGCAGCUACAAGACUUGGAACCUGCGUGCCUUUGGCUGGUACCCCCACUAUGCGCGGCUGGACAUGCAGGGCAAGAUCAACGCUUGGACUGCCCAGAGCAACACCAACAGGGAGUGGCUGCAGGUUGACCUGGGCACUCAGAGGCAGGUGACAGGAAUCAUCACGCAGGGGGCCCGUGACUUCGGGCAGAUCCAGUAUGUGGCAUCCUACAAGGUGGCCCACAGCAAUGACGGUGUGCAUUGGACCAUGUAUGAGGAGCAAGGGACGGACAAGGUCUUCCGUGGCAACUCGGACAACAACUCGCACAAGAAGAAUGUUUUUGAGGCGCCCUUCAUGGCUCGCUAUGUGCGCGUCCUUCCCGUGUCCUGGCACAGGCGCAUCACCCUGCGCCUCGAGCUGCUGGGCUGUUAGUCCUCGGUCCUUCCGGCCCAAGCGACGGGAGAGCCAGCCAGCGGCCGAGGCCGCCUCCCCUGCCUCCCGGGCCGGCUGCCUUCUCAGCCCUCCUCCUCCUCGGACUGGGGCUGGAGGCGGGAAGGGGGACAGGGUACCAGACUUGCCGCUCACCUUUGCCUUGCCCUGCCUGCCGCCUCCACAGGCCUCCUGCCAGCCCCUUUUCUCAGGCAUUCUGGGGAGUCGGAUGGGUCUGAGGUGAAUAGGGAAGAAGGCUAAAGUGCGGGUAUGUGGACUCCAUCCCUACCGACUGCUCCAAGUCCUAACCCCCCUGCCAGGGGGGCUGACUCAAGACUAAAGUAGAGGGACCUCCGGUUUCCUGCCCCCCUCUCUGCACACCACACAUUCCCCCCAUGUUCCAUUCCAGGCCUCCGGGAAGAGGAGGCCCAUGCCUGCUUGCCACCCCUUGGGUCACCAGACCCUGCCUCUUAUCUGAGAUGCCUCUUGACCCUUGCUCUGGAGCCCCAGAUGACAAGGGGACUGGCGGGAUGGGAGAGCAGGUGGGCACUGGCUGGCUGGCUGGCUGGCUUUGGGGCCUCUGCUGGCUUGCUGCUCAGGUUAAUAGGCAGACUCCAAAAUACACUGUGUUCUCCCCUGGA